UGAACGUUCUUUGUUGCACCGUUUACUAUGAAAGUGUUUCUAUUCGACUUUUACUCGCACAACCUUUACGUUAUAAAAAUGUAACAGUUUAUCUACGCUGUGUCUUUUCUCGUUAUUAUUAAAUGGUACUGAAUGUGUUUUACUAGCUUUAUGCAGUCUUACGUCUGUCUGUUGUGUUAAACCUCUUUGCAGAGAUUAAGCUACUCAAAAUGACUAUUCUGCCCAAAAAGAAGGUUACUAAAGAUAAAAUACAAAAUGAUAAGACACAAGGCAGCCAUGAGCACCUAUCAACACAACAUCAUUCACAACACAGCGAAAGUGUAAGCAGUCGUGCCCGCCAUGAAACUUCACAAAUUCGAUCUACAGCGCACUCAAGUGGCCAGUUGGAUGACAGACAACAUAGAACGAGACCACGUCAUCCACCUGAAUUUCAAGUGCUGGCAAGUACUGAAAACCAAGCCUCUCCCCUUGGCCCAGCAUAUGACACUUCUGUGGUUGAUGGAGCCACUGGUGUAGCAUGUGGAUUAGUCGACCCUGCUUUGCAAUUGCAUGCGCGAGUAACACAAGCAAGCAGUGACAUUUCAGAUGUACCACCGGUCGUACUAAAUGUCCCAGUUCCAGGCGAAUCCAGUGUUAUAGAAAGACCUGCGGUGGUAAAACGCAGACACGGUCGUCAGUCCCCACAUUCUAUACCAUACUCUAGAACUGGUAAAAAUUCUCGCGGCUCCCCCACCACACCAGAUAAUGCUGGCAGCAGCGGCAUGCUGGCACCGGCUUCUAAACACCACGGAGCCAUGAGGAGACACCACAGUGUACAGGACGACCGGCGACCGAUUUCACCGCCUGUAAAUGUGGGACUAGGCAAUGCUGCAAGAUCUACACGACGUAGACAAAGAUCUCGUGCUGAAGGGAAAGAAGACAAAGUAGAACAUAACUCUGAUGACGAGUAUGAUGCUGCAAGACUAAGAAGGCUGCAUCAAGGAGUCAAUUUUGAAGAGCUUGAGACUAAAUUUGCUCAAGCCCUAAAAGAAGUUCGAGGUUUCGUUAUCAAGGAAACUGUAGAGGAUGGUGCUUGCUUGUUUCGUGCUGUUGCUGAGCAAGUGUAUGGAGAUCAGAACAUGCAUGAUGAAGUCAGAAGAAACUGCAUGGAUUACAUGACGAAGAAUUCUGAUUUCUUUUCCCACUACGUCACUGAGGAUUUUGUUGCAUAUGUAACUCGUAAGCGAUUGCCCCACACACAUGGCAACCACCUUGAGAUGCAGGCAAUGGCUGAAAUGUACAACCGAAAUAUCCAUGUUUAUCAGUACAGCACUGAGCCAAUCAACACAUUCCAAUCAUCAAAUAUAACUGGUAAUGAGCCGAUAAGAGUUAGCUACCACAGAAACUCCCAUUACAACUCAGUCAUCAAUCCUUACAAAGCAAGUGUGGGAGUUGGACUUGGACUACCAUCCUUUCACCCUGGGUUGGCGGAUCGUAAACUGCUUGACAGUGCACAGAGGGCAUCGGAGCAAGAGCUCUUGGAGAGGCAGAUGUUGGAGGACAAGUUUCUCGCUACGGACUGGGAGAACACGGAGGACGAGAUGGUUAGAGAGGUCGCUCACUCUUCGCUCGUACAAUACCUUCAACACCAGGAGGCGAUGGCAAGAGCAAAAAAGAACACUACGGAUAAUUCAACUGAGGCAACAGAACCAACUUGUUCACAAGAAGCCACAAGUUCACAGUCUGCCACUGCUUCUGCACUUCCCAAUACAGAAAUGGCUAUUAAAGAGUCAAACGCUGCCGAAGACUCUAGUCUCGCACCAAGCACAUCACAAGCCAGCUUCCCAAUCUUCAGUAAUACUGGUUACUCUGACUGGGUCGACCAGUCUGAUGAAAGUGCAGUCCUUGCACAAGUUAUGGCUCAAUCACAGCGUGAAUAUUACGAAGCGCUUACGAAGCCAGGUACCUCUUCUACAGCUACCUGCAGCAAGUACCCUACAUACCACUAAGUGCUGAUAUGUGUUUCUUUUUUCCGUAUAUCAUUGCUUUGCUAUAUUGCCUAUUUUCUCUUCUUUUUAGCACCCAGUUAUCUAGUUUGCGUAACACAUGUAUUAAAAUGGGUGCCGACGAAUUUCAUUAUUUUCUUCUUUUAAAAAUAGCAGUGUGUGAACCGUGUUGUUCACAUUAGUCGUGCACUAAUGCAAGUUUUCACAGAUUAAAAACAUUGCUUACGUUUUUUUCCUUCGAAUGCACAAGAAACCUUUUUACGUCUUAAUUUCGCUUUGAAUGGUUCCAUGUGUGUUGGUGUUUUGUCAUACUUUGCUGUUGGCUUGUCAGUGUUUUUCGGUCGCCAGUACAAGGCUUAUUUAUGUGUACAAAACACCUUGCAUGCUUUACAAGAGCAACUGACUUGCAAUUGACUUUCGUGGCUACCUGGAAAUACAUAGUGAAUAUGAUCAGG